CCUGUUCCGGAGGCCGGAGUCUGCCUAGCCCGGGGAGAGACAGCUCCGAGGCCUGCGCUCCUGCGGGACCACAGCAGUCACAGUCCCGUGGGCGGCUCAGCCUCCCUCCUCGGCCCUGGGAGCUUAUCGGGGACCGGGCAGGCGGCGCCACGCCUUCCGCCCGCUCUCCCGCCUUGACCCGGGAGGCUCGCCGGGGUUGUGAGGGAGGGGCCGCCUCCGUGCGCCGGGGCGGUCCGCAACUCUGAGGGUGUGCUGUGGCAGCCAGCGUCCGCCGGGCUGGCAUUCGUCUCCGCGCCUCAGCUCGUCGCCGCUGCUGCCGCCGGUUACCGGCCCGCGCCCCGGCAGGCCGACCUCCGCGCUGAUGUCUUCUAGCGAUGUCCAGAUUUCUGUGCCCAUGUCAGAAAGAAACAGCAAUGGCCUCCCUGGGACGACCUCCAAUGACCUGAAGACUGUGACUGAACGAUCUGUGUUAAGUUUUCACAACAUCUGCUAUAGAGUCAAAGUGAAGAGUGGCUUCUGUGGUCGAAAAACAGUUGAUAAAGUGGUGCUGUCAGACAUUAGUGGGAUCAUGAAACCUGGCCUCAAUGCCAUCCUGGGACCCACAGGUGGAGGCAAAUCUUCGUUGUUAGAUGUCUUGGCCGCCAGAAAAGAUCCCCAUGGAUUGACUGGAGAUGUUUUGAUAAACGGAACGCCUCAGCCUGCCAAUUUCAAGUGUAAUUCAGGUUAUGUGGUGCAAGAUGAUGUUGUGAUGGGCACUUUGACAGUGAGAGAAAACUUACAGUUCUCGGCAGCGCUUCGGCUUCCAAUGACCAUGCCGAAUCAUGAGAAGAAUGAACGGAUCAACAAGGUCAUUCGAGAGUUAGGUCUGGAAAAAGUGGCAGAUUCUAAGGUCGGAACUCAGUUUAUCCGUGGUGUAUCUGGAGGGGAAAGGAAAAGGACCAGCAUAGGAAUGGAGCUCAUUACGGAUCCUUCCAUCUUGUUCCUGGAUGAGCCCACCACGGGCUUAGACUCGAGCACAGCAAAUGCUGUCCUCUUGCUCCUGAAAAGGAUGUCUAAGCAGGGGCGCACCAUCAUCUUCUCUAUCCAUCAGCCUCGGUAUUCCAUCUUCAAGUUGUUUGAUAGCCUCACCUUAUUGGCCUCAGGAAAGCUGAUGUUCCAUGGACCAGCUCAGGAGGCCUUGGAGUACUUCUCAUCUGCUGGUUACCACUGUGAGCCCUAUAACAAUCCUGCUGACUUCUUCUUGGAUGUGAUUAAUGGAGACUCCACUGCUGUGGUGUUAAAUAGAGAGGAAGAGGGCUGGGAAGCCAAGAAGACUGAAGAGCCUUCCAAGAGAGAGAGGCCACUCAUAGAUACGUUAGCCGAGUUUUACACCAACUCCUCCUUCUACAGACAAACAAAAGCGGAAUUAGAUCAAUUCUCAUGCACUCGGAAAAAGAAGAAGAACAUCGCCUUCACAGACAUCGCUUAUGUCACCUCAUUCUGUCAUCAGCUCAGAUGGAUUGCUCGGCGUUCGUUCAAAAAUCUGCUGGGUAAUCCCCAGGCCUCCAUAGCCCAGGUAAUUAUCACAAUAUUACUGGCAUUGAUUAUAGGCGCCAUUUACUUUCGGCUACCCAAUGAUGAUGCUGGAAUCCAGAACAGAGCCGGGGUGCUCUUCUUCCUCACCACCAACCAGUGCUUCAGCAGCGUGUCGGCCGUGGAGCUCUUUGUGGUAGAAAAGAAGCUCUUCAUGCAUGAAUACAUUAGUGGGUACUACCGAGUAUCUGCUUAUUUCUUUGGAAAGCUGUUUUCUGACUUGCUACCCAUGCGGAUGUUGCCCAGUAUUUUAUUUACCUGUAUAACAUACUUCAUGCUAGGGUUGAAACCGACGGCGGCAGCUUUCUUCAUCAUGAUGUUUACUCUUAUGAUGGUGGCCUAUACGGCCAGCUCUAUGGCACUGGCCAUAGCAGCGGGCCAGAGUGUGGUGUCUGUGGCCACGCUGCUCAUGACCAUCUCGUUCGUGUUCAUGAUGCUUUUCUCGGGCCUGUUGGUAAAUCUCAGAACCAUUGCAGCCUGGCUGUCGUGGCUUCAAUACCUCAGCAUCCCUCAAUACGGCUAUGCCGCUUUGCGGUAUAAUGAAUUUUUGGGACAGACCUUCUGUGGAGAAAAUAGUACAAUGUAAGUUUGCAUUCAGUGUCAUAAUGACCUGGUUUCGUACUGUGGUGUAAGAUAAAACAACUUA